AUGUCAAAGCUCAAUAAAGAUGUACUCAUUUUGAUAUUAGAAGAGUUGGAAGAUGAUAUAAAAUCUCUUUACUCAUGUUUAUUAGUUAAUAAAACUUGGUGUAAAAUUAUCGUUCCAAUAUUAUGGAAAAAUUUCUUAAAAAAUUUAAAAGAGGAAGAAAAAUCAAUAAAUAUUAUCCUUUCACAUUUAUCAAAUGAAGUUAAAGAAAAUUUAAAAGAUCAAGGUAUUAAUUUAAAUUCAAUAAUAUUAAGACAAAUACCUUUAUUUGAUUAUAUUAGUUUUUGUAAAUAUUUUGAUUUAUUUCGUUUAGAAAAUAUAUUUUCUAAAAUAAAUAAUAUUGAAGAAACAAAAAUUUCUAUUAUAAAGAAUGAAAUAUUAAAAUUAUUUAUUAAUAGAAAUACUAUGUAUACUUAUUUAUUUAUAUCACAACAAUGUAAUUUACCAAUACAUUUGAUUCCAGAUGCUAAAUAUUGUUUUUCUGAACUUAAAUUUCUUCAUUGUUAUGGUAAUAUUAAAAAAGAUACUUUAAAAGGAUUGGCUAGAAUAAGUAAAUCCAUUAAAAAAUUAAUAUUGGAAUUUAGUAAUAAUAAUUCUGGAGCGAUUAAAUUAAUUGAUACGCAAAGAAAUUUAUGUGAUGUUAUUUUUAAUCGUUUAAUGACAAAUGAUGAAUCAUUUUGUAAAGUAUUUGAAGAAUUAUUAAUUAAACAUGUAGAUACUAUUAAAUAUUUAAAAAUAAAUUGGAUGCCUGUCACGAGAAGUAUUUUAUAUCUUGUAAAUUUAAAAAGUUUAGAAAUAGAUUCAUUUUAUUAUUCAAAUUGGACAAAUUGUAGUUAUUUAGAAAAUUUAUCUUUACCUUCCUUAAAAUUUUUAAAAGUCAAAAGAAUCUCUUCUAAAAUUUUAGUAAAUUUAAUUGAAAAUACGAGAGGAUUACUUACGGAAAUUUGUAUAGAUCGUGAAGGUGAUAAUAAUAAAGAUCUUAUACAAGCGAUAUAUGAAAAUUGUCCAAAACUUAAAUAUCUUAAAUUAAUAUUUAAUAAUUAUAAUAUUUUAGAAUUGAAAAAUUUAUUAAUUAAUUGUCAAGAUUUAAGUGGAUUAAUUAUUAUAUUAGGAAAUGAACUUGAUUGGAAUAAUUUAUUUAAAAUAUUAACUGAUUCAUCACCAAUUAAUUUAUAUAAAUUUAAAAUCUUUUUUACUUGUUAUAAAGGACCUAAAGUAGAAUCUUUAGAAUUAUUCUUUGAAAAUUGGAAAGGUAAAAAUAGAAAUCCUAUGUUAUUACAAACAAGUUAUAGUACUUUGAAAUAUUUUAAUCUUACUGAAAAAUAUAAAGCAGAAGGAAUAAUUAAGAAAUAUUAUCAUAAUUUAUCUGAGAGUACUUUUGAAAAUUUUGAAUGGCUUGAUUAA